CAUAAGUUGUCCGCGUGGUUGAGUGGCGAGGGGGAGAGAGCGAGAGAGAAAGACAGAAAGGGGUGAGUGAACGAUGGUUAUGUGUUGAUGAGAUGCUCGUGUCGGACUUUGCUUAUGCCUCUCACACGAGUGCUGCUUUAGGAUGUGAGGCUGAUGAUGAUGUGAAAAGAGCCGUUGUGUACGGCGUUGGUUAAGUCAGUUCAAUUUGACUGGGCGUUCUUGCUGCAGCUGCUGCCUCCGCUGCCGCUGCAGUAACAGAAGGGGGAUUGUAGGGUGCAUGAGAGUAGACAAGUGGGAGUUGCGACGGGUUCGUACUUGUUGUGGUAUCUGGGUUAGUGUAUUUUGCGGUCUUCGUCAGUUCUCUGGAUCCCGUUUUUACCAGUGAUUGAUAGGCGAGUGAGUGUCUCAGUUUGCAGGGUUGGGAACUUGUUUUGAGGACAGUUUUUGAGAGGAGUGGAGGUUUUGACCAGCGUCGAGGAGCUGCAUUGGGAGAUUUUGAAUACUGAGAGGAUGCGAUCAAGAACGGAGCAGUACUUCUUUGAUGCAAAUGGUUUGAAGUGGUAGUUGGACAGGAGUUCUCUUGUUGUGAGAUUCUUUGCACGUUUCGUCACGGGAGUAAGGGUAUGGGACCCUCCAAGUAUGAGACUGGCGGUGCGGGAUUGCUGAAGUGGAGCUAUCUAAGAGUGCAGCGAUAAGGAUGAGUAGUAUCGUUGUUCUCAAGAGCAGCACAGUUCCCGACUCUGCAUUCAAGGGUACUUUUAAGGAAGACGGUCAAGCCAUGGCUCUCAGUGAGGUUCAGCGAGCUCACGACAUUGGGUGGAAUUGUCCAAUGGUGCACCAGAGCGGGUUCAAUCUGUCUGAAGAGUUGCGGAGGUCGGGAGAAUUUUCUGCUGGGAAGAGUCGAAGUUUACGUAAAGAGCAGGAUUACGCCUGCGCACCGGUGAAAGUAGAGAAUAUGAGCACUUCCUUGGUUGAUUCUGCAGAAGAGAACACCACCAUGAACGCUGCUGAGGUGACGGACCAACGUAGUGAUGUGGAAACGAGCGCGGAGAAAACGAAGGUGGAGGACCAUGGCCUCAGGAACAGAGUGUGGACUUUGGAAGAAGAGAAAGGCAAACUUCACAAAGACUUGGCUGCCAUGACAUUGAAGGAAACAAUUCUGAGAGGCAAGGUCAGGGAAUUUGAACUGCAAAUGGAUGGUCACAGGAAGCGAGUAGAGAGAGCAGAGAGAACAAUUUUAGAACUCCGGCAAGCGGUGGCCCAGAGCAGUAAACAAGCGCGACAAUCUGACGCAGAGGUUGAAGAGCUUCGCAUGAUUUGUGCUCGGAAUGACGGAGAGAAGCAAGACAUGCAAACCAGGAUAGAAAGAUUGCAGCAACUGUGUAUGGAUCAUGAGAAGAGCAUACAUGGUCUCAGGCAAGGGCUUAAAAAUGGUAUGGAUGGCAAUAAAGAAGGAAGGAUGAGCAGGUUGCAGAAAGAAUUGCAAAGGUUGAGCGGUGUUGAGAUUACUCUUCGUACUGACCUCGAGGCGUCUCGAGUCGAGAAUACAACCUUGCGGCGUGAUAUGAACUGCCUACUGGAGAGAUUUGCAAACCAGCAAAGAGAAAGUACAAUGCACUUGAAGAAACUGGAGCAGGAGUUAAGGGCUGAGAUUGAUCGAGGCCAAGCUAAAGUUGCUGAACUUCAAGACGAAAAUAAUCUCCUGUUUGCGAAGUUGAGGUUGUUGACGAGAGAGAGACAUGACACCCGAGAAGCCCUGAGAUCUUCCAAUGACAGAGUAUCCGAUUUAGAGGAAGAGAAUCAAUGCCUUCAAGAAGAGCUUGCGAAAGCAGAGAAGGCACUUGAAGUAAAGCAGAAGGAUAUUCUUAGCUUAGAGUCUCAGCUGGAAUGCUCCAAACAGAACAGAGAUAUAUCUGCCGCAGCGGUAGCGUUGAAAGAGAAAGCUCCUGCAAACGGUGUUUUGACGGUGACGGUGAAUGACAAAGAAGAAAUUUCCUCCGUAAACGAUGAUGCGAUGGCGAAAGUGAACGAUAAGGAAUUUCGAAGUUCUGCACACUUGGGAAGUGAAAUCCGUCAGAGUCUGCAGGCGGCGGCACAGCAACUUUACAGCAUGAAUGAAAGGUUAGAGUCGCUGAUGGAUAAACUCUCUGAGCGUGACCUUCAAUUACAGGAAGCUAAGACGGAAAUUGCUGAAAAGGACGAGGCUGUCACUAGUCUAGAGCACUCUCUGAGCAACUUAGCCAAGACGGUGGAUUCCCAGAGUUCACGCAUUAUGCGCCUUUCCAAACAGAAUGAAGACCUCACUAGAUUAACGCAGUCACAGGCCAAACUGAUCGAGGAUUUCCAGUCUCGGCUCGCUGCUGCUUUGGGCUCUAAGAACAAAGCUGAUCAAGAACUGGACGCAGCAAGAAAGCGAUUGGAGGAAUGUGAGAAACAGUUGGAAUCACAGGAUUUGACAUGUCAGUUGCUACAAGAGAGAGUGGAUGCGCUAGAGGCAGACUUGCAGCAUUGCCAGCCACAGAUCGCCACUCUUCUGCAACAAAGGGACGACUUAGCAUCGGAGAGGGAUGAUUUGCAUCAUUCUCUUACCGACGCUACUCUUCGAGUCACAGACCUUGAGCAUCGGUUGGCUGACAGAGAAGAAGUUGUGAAGUCGCAUGAGGCAACCCUGCAGGAACUAAGGAAAGAGGUGGAAGAAAGCCAAAAAGAGUUGAAUCUUGUCAAGCAAGAACGAGACGAGAUGCAAAGAGAAGCCGAGGCUAUGGGCAGGGAAGCAUUGCGAACCAGUAUGGAGGUUGAAGUUUUACGUAGACGAGUUCACCAGCUUGAUGAAGAUGUUCUGCUUCGGGAUGGUCAGAUUUGUAUACUUCGCGGUGGUCUAGAGGAUUCAUAGCGAACUCCUCCCAUUGAAAGGUCCCGAGCACGGCCAGAAAAUGUACAUACUCUAAUACAUGCCUCAGCGUUGAUCAGGUCCUCAGUUUUCCACAUUAUUGCUUCUGAUCCUAUUCAUGGCUUAUCGACGUGACCAUGCUGGUCAUUGCGUUAUUCUGCUGACGAUGGUUACUACCCAGGAUAUGAUGAGCCGGAUGUCUCUCCAGCCUUGACUCUUGGUAAAUGGACAACUGACCUUCUUCAAUAUCUGGAUCCUACAUUGACACAUGAUAGGCAAGAAAACCACAUGAUAGCCAGUUUUCUCUGCAGAAGUUGCGUACUAAGGAGUUCAUUUAAGAGUGUUCCACUUUGAAUACACUUGGUUCUCUUAAGACUA